AUUAUUUAAAAUGUCAUUGAUAAUACACUUUACUGUCUAUGAAUGUAUCUUUGGUUCGGCAGUUCCACACACACGCUCCUCCCAGAUCAAUACCUUCUUCCCGCGGUCUCUCGCGGUAUUAGGCGACCAGCCACGGAUCCAACAUGGCGGAAGAGGAGGUGCAGAAAUUGCAGAAGCACCUUGCUCUGCUGAGGCAGGAGUAUGUGAAGAUGCAGCAGAAGCUGGUGGAGACGGAGAGGCGGUGCUCCGUGUUGGCCGCCCAGGCCUCUCUCCUUGGCUCCACCUCCCAGGCCAGUGACACCUUCAUCAGCCGUCUGCUGGCCAUCGUGGCUGACCUUUAUCAGCAAGAGCAGUACAGUGAUCUGAAGGUGAAGAUUGGACAGCAGACGUUCAGUGCUCAUAAGUUCGUGCUGGCUGCUCGGAGUGAAGUCUGGAGCUUAGCCAACAUGGCCUCCACCUCAGAACUGGACCUCUCAGAUGCCAAACCAGAGGUUGCCAUGGCAAUGCUGCGCUGGGCGUACACGGAUGAUCUGGAGCUGAGUGGAGACGAUGGCUUCCUCAUCAAUCUGAUGAAGCUGGCCAACCGCUUCCAUCUCCAUCUUCUGCGAGAAAGAUGUGAGAAAGGAGUGAUGUCAUCAGUGAACGUGAGGAACUGUAUCAGGUUCUACCAGACAGCCGAAGAGCUGGACGCCACAACAUUGAUGAACUAUUGCGGAGAAAUCAUCGCCAGUCACUGGGAUGAUCUUCGGAAAGAGGACUUCAGUACCAUGGAUGCUCAGCUGCUCUAUAAGAUGAUCAAAUCCAAGACUGAGUACCCCCUUCACAAAGCAAUUAAAGUAGAACGAGAAGAUGUGGUCUUCCUUUAUCUAAUUGAGAUGGAUGCCCAGUUACCUGGAAAGCUGAAUGAGCUGGACAACAAUGGAGACUUGGCGCUGGAUCUGGCACUGUCCAAGAAGCUGGAGAGCAUCGCCACCACACUGGUCAACAAUAAAGCAGAUGUUGACAUGGUGGACCAGAGCGGCUGGAGUCUUCUUCACAAGGCCAUCCAGAGAGGAGAUGAAUUUGCCUCCACUUUUCUGAUCCGUCACUCCGCACAGGUGAACGCUGCCACAGUGGGGGCAGUGGAGACACCGCUGCACCUGGUCUGCUCUUUCAGCCCUAAAAAACAUAGUGGUGAAGUUAUGGCUGGCAUGGCUCACAUCGCUGAGGCUCUGCUCAAAGCUGGUGCCAACCCGAACAUGCAAAACAGCAAAGGACGGACGCCAUUACAUGAGGCUGUGGUGUCAGGAAAUGAACCGGUUUUUAACCAGCUGUUGCAAUGCAAACAAUUGGACCUUGAGCUGAAAGACCAUGAAGGCAGCACUGCACUGUGGCUGGCUCUGCAGUACAUCACUGUGGCCUCUGACCCCUCCGUCAACCCUUUUGAGGAUGAAGCUCCGGUUGUCAAUGGAACCUCAUUUGACGAGAACAGUUUCGCAGCGCGGCUCAUACAGAGAGGAAGCAAUCCUGACGCACCAGACUCCAAUGGUAACUGCCUCAUGCAGAGAGCAGCUAUCGCAGGAAGUGAAGCAGCCGCUAUCUUCAUGGCCACACAUGGAGCUAAAGUCAAUCACACCAACAAAUGGGGUGAGACUCCCCUCCACACGGCUUGUCGCUGUGGCUUGGCAGGGCUGACAGUAGAAUUGCUCCAACAGGGGGCGAAUCCUAAUUUGCAGACUGAGAGCGCCCUGCCUGAUGGAGUUGAGAAGAGCCAAGGAGUCUCCCUGCAGAGUCCCCUCCACCUGGCCAUCAUUCACAACCACCCAGACGUGGUGUCUGUCAUACUAGAGCAGAAAGCCAAUGCACUACAUGCCACCAAUAACCUGCAGAUCAUCCCUGACUUCAGUUUGAAAGACUCUAUGGAUCAGACCGUUCUGGGUCUUGCGCUCUGGACCGGUAUGCACACUAUUGCCGCACAGCUGCUGGGUUCUGGAGCGGCUAUUAAUGACACCAUGUCUGAUGGACAAACACUACUGCACAUGGCCAUAAAGAGACAGGACAGCAAGAGCGCCCUCUUCCUGCUGGAGCACCAGGCCGACAUCAACGUCAGGACCCAGGAGGGGCAGACAGCUUUACAGUUGGCCAUUAGUAACCAGCUUCCUUUAGUAGUGGAUGCCAUCUGCACAAGAGGAGCUGACAUGUCAGUGGUGGAUGAGAAGGGUGAUCCUCCACUCUGGCUGGCUUUAGAAAACGGUUUGGAGGACAUUGCUUCCACACUGGUCAGGCACGGAUGUGAUGCAACCUGUUGGAGUUCAGGCCCUGGAGGAUGUCAGCAGACUCUUCUCCAUAGAGCCAUCGAUGACAACAAUGAGAUCACUGCCUGCUUCCUUAUACGCAGUGGCUGUGAUGUGAACAGCCCGAGGAGGCCUGGUCCUAAUGGAGAGGGAGAUGAGGAGGCUAGGGAUGGACAGAGCCCACUGCAUCUGGCUGCGUCCUGGGGACUGGAGGAGGUGGCACAGUGCCUUUUGGAGUUUGGAGCCAAUGUGAACGCACAGGAUUCAGAGGGUCGUGCUCCCAUCCAUGUGGCCAUCAGCAACCAGCAAAGCAUCAUCAUCCAGCUGCUCAUCUCCCACCCUGAAAUCCGCUUGAAUAUUCGAGACAGACAAGGCAUGACGCCAUUUGCCUGUGCCAUGACUCAUAAGAACAACAAGGCUGCCGAAGCCAUCCUCAAGAGAGAGCCUGGCGCUGCUGAACAGGUGGACAACAAGGGUCGCAACUUCCUGCAUGUCGCCGUGCAGAACUCGGACAUAGAGAGUGUGCUCUUCCUCAUUAGCGUACAGGCCAACGUGAACUCCAGAGUGCAGGACAGUGCCAAACUCUCUCCUCUACACCUGGCCGUACAAGCAGGAUCAGAGAUCAUCGUCAGAAAUCUGCUCUUGGCUGGUGCUAAAGUAAAUGAGUUGACCAAGCAUCGUCAGACAGCCCUGCAUCUCGCUGCACAACAGGAUCUUUCCACAAUCUGCUCUGUCCUGAUCGAGAAUGGCAUUGAUUUCACUGCAGUAGAUGAGAAUGGAAACAAUGCACUUCAUCUGGCUGUGAUGCAUGGGCGUCUGAAUAAUGUGCGUGCUCUGCUCACCGAGUCCAACAUAGAUGCAGAGGCCUAUAAUCUCAGAGGUCAAUCACCCAUGCAUGUUCUUGGUCAGUAUGGGAAGGAGAACGCGGCAGCCAUCUUUGAGCUGUUUUUGGAGUGCAUGCCUGAGUAUCCCCUGGAUAAACCAGACAAUGAAGGGAACACAGUGCUUCUGUUGGCAUAUGUGAAAGGAAAUGCUAACCUGUGUCGUGCCAUCGUGAGGGCUGGAGCCCGACUCGGCGUUAAUAACAACCAGGGCAUCAACAUCUUCAACUAUCAAGUUGCCACUAAGCAGCUUCUGUUCCGUCUACUAGAUAUGCUUUCCAAAGAGCCCCCUUGGUGUGAUGGUUCAAACUGCUAUGAAUGUAUGACCAAAUUUGGAGUCACCACUAGGAAACAUCACUGCCGCCAUUGUGGGCGUCUGCUCUGCCAUAAGUGCUCUAUAAAAGAGAUCCCCAUCAUCAAAUUUGACCUGAACAAACCUGUGCGUGUAUGUGACAUCUGCUUUGAUGUGCUGACUUUGGGUGGCGUGUCCUAACACAUGAGAGCAAUGUGAGGGACGGCCACCAGCCAAGAAGAUUUGGAGUAAGACAAAGACAGGAAGAGCCGUUGAACAAAACUAUUCCAUUCUUGUCAAAGAGAAAAUACAACCAUAACAAUCUGUGUUUGUUCUAGCAGUACUUUUUAGAACCAAAUUAUUAUAUGUUGAGGAUCCAGAUCGAAACUAGUGAAGUGCUGAUGCAAAUGAAAAUUGUAGUUCCAAGUUCAGAUUUUGGCAAAAGUGUGAUAGGAGAAGGUCAACUACUAUGAAAAGAACAAUAGGGGUUUUAUACAGGGCUAAUGUGCUAUAUGGACACUUUGAUUAUUAAAAGUACUUCAUUUUCCAUCAGAAUGACAAGGCUAGUACAUGAUUCCCACGUGCAAUCAUGCCAUACUCUAAUUUUUACAAAUUGAUUAACCCCAGUUUGAAAUCGCUACAGCGCCUCAUUACCAUUUCAAGGAAGUCUGUUUAGUGUUGAAUGCUGCAGGAUAUGCAGGGAUCUGUGAAAGGUAGCCAUUUUUUAAGUAGUUUGAAGCCUUAAUCAUACUGUGCAGGGUCUUUCAUUUGUUGUAUCAAGGUUUUGAAUACAUUUUAACCUCUCUACAAGGACAUUUCUCUUUCUCUGGAGUUCAAAUCAAAACACUAAGAGAGAGAUGGAGAAAUAUUCCUUGCUAGGUUAAUGCUAUGUUAUUAGGAACAUGGUCACUUAAUCAUUUAUGAAUCUGCAUAUUCAGUGGGCUUUAUUUUAACAGAUCCAUUAGUUUACAUCAUACUUACAUUUGAGAAACACUUCAGAUGUGUAAGUGUUCUGAUGUGGAUUUCAAAUCGUUUCUUGUGAUAGACUGGUGCAGAAAUACAAGUGCAGAAUUCUGACAAUGCUUACUAUGCAUAUGCAUGACAUCAUUUGUAGCCUGUUGGUAGUCGUCAUUGCAUCAUAAUCACACUUUAUUCAUUUCUGAUCACCAAAGGAUACAUUCCAGUUAACGUUUGCCCUGAAAGCUAGCGCUGGGGGAGCUGCUCGCUUGGUUGUUGUUUUCAAAAUUCUUCUCGGUGGCUUAAAACAUCACAUUAUCAUAUUUCAAAUGCUUUUUCAUGUUCAUGCUUAACAGGUGCACUUUAUCAAAGUUCUUUUUUUUUUUUUACAUUUCUGAUCAUAUUUCAAAGAUGACUGGGUUUUUGGUUUGUUUGUGGCAGGGAGGACCAGCUCCACAGUCUGUUAUUGGUAUUGUUAAACUGUACAGAUAAAUGUAGAAUAUUUUUGACCACUACAACUGUUUUGUACUUAAUGCAGGUUGUGCUUUUUUGUCUAUGUGACAAACCUACACUUUGGCCUCCGUUUAAUCUUUCUGCAUAUUGUAUGGUAUCUGUAUGCUCAGAUAUUUAGCCUGUCGCCGCCUCUAGUAUCCUUUUCAAGAAAGGGAGGACAACUUUACAUAAAGGAUGAUUGAAGAAAACCUAUAAAA